GCAUCGCUGUGGCACUUGAGCUCAGACAGCGGACUGUCUACCGAGGAGAAGUAAAUGAUUGGAGACGGUCGAAAGUAGGAGGAGCGGAAAGUGUUAGUCCAAUCCCGUCUCCAGUAAGCCUCUGAAACGCUUUCCCUUCCCUCCUGGAAACAGUGAAAACCGCACUUGGAUCUGCGGACGCAGAUGUCAUGUGAAAAUCCGCAUGCUCCUCUGUUUUAAAAAAAGAAAAAAAGAAAAGAAAAAACUGUCGACUGCUGCUAUCGAACGAGAAACGCUCCUCGCUCUCUGGAAUGGUUCUACACUGAAAAAAGUGACUCCUAGACGCUGACAAAGCUAAACUUUUUUUCCGCCGAGGAUCUUGUUUUAAACGUAUAGGUUUGAAUCUUCAUGCCUGCGUUCAGAAGCGCGUCGCCACCACCACCAUGCGAGCCCAAAUCGAAGUCAUACCAUGCAAGAUCUGCGGGGACAAGUCAUCAGGAAUCCACUACGGAGUCAUCACAUGUGAAGGCUGCAAGGGGUUCUUCCGAAGGAGCCAACAGAACAAUGCCUCCUACUCCUGCCCACGGCAGAGGAAUUGUUUAAUCGACAGGACCAACAGAAAUCGAUGUCAACACUGCCGCCUGCAGAAGUGUCUCGCCCUUGGAAUGUCUAGAGAUGCGGUGAAGUUUGGGCGCAUGUCUAAGAAGCAGAGGGACAGCCUGUACGCGGAGGUGCAGAAGCACCAGCAGAGGCUGCAGGAGCAGAGGCAGCAGCAGACGGGGGAGGCCGAGGCCCUGGCCCGGGUCUACAGCAGCAGCCUCACCAACGGCCUCAGCAACCUCAACACCGAGAUCGGGGGCACCUACGCCAACGGCCACGUCAUCGACCUGCCCAAGCCGCCGCCCGGCAACGGCUUCUACGGCGUGGACUCCACCCAGCCCUCGCCCGACCAGUCCGGCCUGGACAUGGCGGGCCUGAAGCAGAUCAAGCAGGAGCCCAUCUACGACCUCACCCCCGUGCCAAACCUCUUCGCCUACAACUCAUACCCGGACGGACAGCUGGCGCCCGGCGUCACCAUGACUGAGCUCGAUCGAAUCGCGCAGAACAUCAUCAAGUCCCACCUGGAGACGUGUCAGUACACAGCCGAGGAGCUGCAGCAGCUAGCCUGGCAGACGCACACGUAUGAGGAGGUCAAGAUGUACCAGAGCAAGACGCGGGAUAUGCUUUGGCAGCAGUGUGCCAUUCAGAUCACACACGCAAUACAGUACGUGGUCGAGUUCGCCAAACGCAUCACCGGCUUCAUGGAGCUCUGUCAAAACGACCAGAUCCUCCUCCUCAAAUCAGGUUGCCUGGAGGUCGUCUUGGUGCGAAUGUGUCGGGCAUUCAACCCCCUGAACAAUACGGUCCUGUUUGAGGGGAAGUACGGAGGCAUGCAGAUGUUCAAGGCCCUAGGCUGCGAUGACCUGGUCAGCGCGGUCUUUGAUUUCGCCAAGAGCCUGUGUUCCCUGGCGCUGACCGAGGAGGAGAUCGCCCUGUUCUCCGCCGCCGUCCUCAUCUCAACAGACCGUCCCUGGCUGAUGGAGCCCCGUAAAGUGCAGAAACUUCAGGAGAAGAUCUACUUCGCCCUGCAGCACGUGAUGCAGAAGAACCACCUGGACGAGGACGCACUGGCCAAACUGAUCGGCAGGAUCCCCACGCUAUCCGCCCUUUGUACGCUGCACGCAGAGGAGCUCCGGACCUUCCAGCAGCUGCACCCCGAAACCGUCAACAUGCUCUUCCCCCCGCUGUACAAAGAGCUGUUCAACCCAGACUCUUCCAACGGGCCCAAGUGACUGCUGGCGGGGGGGCAGGGGGGAGAGACGUGGCUCGCCCCCAACUGUCCACGACCGGACGCUGACUGUCUGUGACUGCACCCUGACUGUCUGUGACCGGACGCUGACUGGGUCUGUGAAUUGACUUUGACUCUCUGUGAACGGACGCUCUCUGUCUGUGAACAGACCCUGACUGUCUGUGACCGGACGCUGACUGUCUGUGAAUGGACUUUGACUCUCUGUGAACGGACGCUCUCUGUCUGUGAACAGACCCUGACUGUCUGAACCCGACGCUGACUGUCUGUGAACGUAGCCUGACUGUGAACACACCGUGACUGUCUGUCGACCGUCUGGACCGACAAGAGAACAACAGACGAACUCCAACAAAAACUACUACAAGUGCAACAGCACCAAUUCUCCCUCUAAAAAAAAGAAAACAUCGCAUCUGAUACACUAGGAAUGUCCUGCACUUAACUAAUUUUAUUCACCGAUACAGUCUACGAAUGUAAAUAUCGAGCCCAUUAUAAGGGGCUUUCAAGAACUGACCAGAAAUGUACAGAACUUCAGAACAAUUUCAUUUGUCUUUUAACUGGGUAAGUUUAUUUGUUUAUCUUUUUGUUUUCUUUUUUAUAUAUUGUGGUAUUGAAGGAUAAUGGGGAGAAGGAGUAGGUGGGGGGAGAGGGGGUGGGCUUGGAAAAGAAAAAUCAUAAAGCUAUUGUAGAUACUCUAGUGCAGAGCGGAUUUUCAGUAUUAAUUCUUGUUCUGUUUCUAAUUUAGUCAUAAUUUAAAACAAAAUCUGCCUGAAAGGCUAAAAAUUUGUCUGUGUUUUGUUAGUUUUACAUGUACAGAAUUUGUAAAGUUUAAAUAAGACUUGUAAAAGAAUUUUGUGGUAAACUGGGAACAUAAUGAUUAGCUUGGGUACGUUCAAAAAAAGAAGCCUUGUCUGGAUUCUAUAGACAUGUUCAUAUAAAGAGAAUAUUACAACUGUCAGUUGAGGACUAUAGAAUUGUAAAUGAUUUUUUUUUUUUUUUUUAAAUGGUAACUUUUCCACGUGAAGAUAUAGGCUAUAUUUUGUGAAAAUAUUGUGGCUGAACAAAAUUUUGCUGUCCUUUCAAUUACGUUCUAUUGCUGCACUAAGGUCAAUAAUGACUGGACUGCUGUUGAACAAUCUGAUGAUCUGUCGCUGUAGGGGAAAAGACAAAAAAAAAAAAAACCCUGCCACCUCAGCUGGCACCGAACGCUGUCUUGAGGUGUUUCGUGAUGUUAGCAUGUCGCAACGUGUACUAACGUCGCAACGUCGCGAGGACGCUGUGGUCUCCACCAACCGAAACUCUGCAACAAUAAGAGACUUUUUGCACAUGCACACCUGCAAAGACGAGGGGCUGGUUCAACAGAAGGUUUUCACAGAACAGCAAUAAUAGUGUCAUUACUCAAUUUGUAGGAAAUUUCAAACAGGGUAUUUUCUAUAAGCAGAGUUUGAACUACAAAAUAAAAUGCAAUACGUAUAUUACUAGAAAGCAAACAGAAAUAAUAUAUGCUUUAAAAUAUAUAUAUUGAAAGCAAUCAUUCUACUACUGGAUUUGAAUUUGCAUCUAUUGUAAUUCUUUCCUCAAGUUAAAGGGCCGACUGAUUUUACGAUUUUUUUAAAGGGUUAACAAAUCCGUUAGAUUUGUCAGAGGCAUUUUAAAAUGUGUCUCUGCAUCCUUAACAAUUCUACCACUGGGAGAAGUUCUCAUAAAGGCAUGAUUGACAGGACGGUGGAACAAAAAUAGCUGUGACACACAGGCAACCUACUGAUCAUUGCAAUCAUGGAGAAUUCAAUCUCUUCUCUCAUUGUCUCUCCGGAUUUAAAAAAAAAAAAAAAAAUCGAAUAAUUUUAUGAGCAAAUUGUACUCUGAUACAUUGUCGAAGCAUAAUAUUUUGUGGUACGUGCAUCUCUUUGGUUACCUUGGAAACAUAGCUUGGCUAUUGGAAGGUUUGUGCUGCCAAGGCACUCACAAGCACUUGAAAACGUCAUGCUUCAUUUUGUGAUGAAAUGGCAUGGAUCUCUGUCAGAUACACUGCUGCUUGUUUUCCGUAGUUCAUGAGAGGAGUUUAGAAGAAAAGCUAAAAUUUUUUUGCUUCUCUACUUGCAAUUUUGCUUCAAGUUUGGCAUUUGAUAACCAUUCCUGUAGCACCGCUCACUGUGCAAGAAUUCUGCAUUUGUGUUCAUAAAAUCUUUCCGAUUGCUAUCAGCUGGCUCUUUCUUUAUAGAGCCCUUCCUGUUUCCUCAUUGGUUUAAAAACACUUAAUUGACGGAAACACAGUUGUCUUGGUACCGAGCUAUUCUGGAACACAGCACAAUUGAUUCAUUCUACAUUCCACAAAAACAAUGGCAGUUUACAGUUGCAAUACUUCAAUCAAAUUUUAAUAGUAAACUGUGCUAGACAAUCACUUAGAGUGUUUUUAUUUAUUUGUUAGUAAGUCAAUAUUUAUCUGAAAUUCUCAAGACUGUCUCUCCUUUUUGUAUAACUGUAAUUAAAAUUGUUUGGCCACUACAAAUAACUGAUUUUGGUUAGUAUAGGUUCUAUUUAUUUUUGAAUACUCUCAGGGGCACAACUUGGUUAGUAAAAACACACUUUUCCCUCAUUGUAUACUUCAAAAAGACAAUUAUAGCUUGAAGGCUAAGUUUGAGGGUGGGGACACUAGCAUUAGUUAUUUUGAGAGCAUACACAGCUAACUCAACUGGGUUCACUGUUUAAAAUACUUGGUUUCACCACUAGAUGGGGGCAUUACUAAGUUAAUUUCUUGUCUCCACAUUAGUAAAAUUUCUACCUGAUCAUUGGCUGCACCUUACUACACGGUCGGUUUUGGUAAUCAGCAAUUAACUGAGGAGUUGCUUUUUCUUAUUAAGAACUGGGGACACGUGAUUGGUCUAUUUGCUGGGCCCUGUUAGACAAAUCCUCUGAUCUGCAUUGGGUGUCUUAGAGAUCAGAGGAGGGCUUCUGUGUGGACGCAAUAUCACAAUCUUACCAUGGCUUUGCUGUAAAGUAAAUUAAAGCACAAAAUGACCCGUGUUACUUUAACUCCAACAGAGUUUAUACAGGCCUCAAAUGUACUCUUAUCAGAGAAAAUAUUUUAUUCCGUGACGGAUUUAACUGGACAUGUUGCUGUGCAUGUGGGCCUUUUAUUAAUUGGACAGAAUAUAAUAUAGUUUAUAAUAAAAAUAUAUUGAAAGCACUUAAAAAGGGAGUAGAGGGUAA